GGAAGCACUCUGCGCGUCGGUCAGGAGAGAGUAUGUGGACCUUAAUGUUAAACUUUCAAAAUCAGAGGGGAAAAGCGUAGUUUGGAGGGGAGUAAUCAAACAAUGGCAACAACAUUGGGAUAGUGAAACAAAAGGAAGACCUUUAUAUAAAAUACAAAAUAAAGUAGGAAUGGCAAGAAACAGUGGAACCGAUAGAAGAGAGCAAGUAAUCAUAAGUAGAUUAAGAAUUGGUCACAGCAACUUGAAUAGCACACUAUUUAUUAUAGGAAAACAUCCAACUGGCUAUUGCGAUCAGUGCCAGGAAUUAGAAACAGUGGAGCAUGUCCUGAUUGAAUGCAGGAAGUAUGAGCAAGAAAGAAGGGUAAUGUUUACAGGAUUACAGAGACUAGGUGUGGAGGCAAGGUUUACAGAUCUGCUUGAGUGUGGGGACACGGUGGAGGGAAAGAAGGAGAUAUUUAGUUUUUUGAUGGCAACUGGAAUAAGUAACAGGAUAUAAGAGAUCCAGGCAGCAAUACAUGGUUAGAUCCAGAAGGGGGCGGUAAUGCAACUAAAAAGGAUUUCAACUGCCGUAAAACACCAAAGAAGAAGAAGAACAACAACACUGUGCGUUGUCAUUACGUGAGCCAAUAUAUUUUCAGCUGGGACGGAAGUUAGUUCGGCUGCACGUAGAAGGCAGAGUGGUCAUCAGCCCUGGGACGAAGAGCAACCAUGUGGCCUGUGAUGUGGGUAGCCAUGCGGACCUAUGCCCCCUAUGUCACGUUUCCAGUGGCUUUUGUGGUGGGGGCAGUGGGGUACCACCUAGAGUGGUUCAUUCGGGGCACACCAAAGCCCCAGCUGAGGGAGGAGAAGAGCAUUCUGGAGCUGAGGGAGGAGAGGAAGCUGGAGGAGCUAGCGGGGCAGGACUGUACCAAUGUGACCAGCCUGAAGGAGCGGUUGGAGUUCACCCCCAGGGCCGCACUAGAAAGGAACCGGCCUGAGAAGAGCUAACUAACAGCUGCCCUGUAUGUGGAAGAAAAGGGGGGUACCUUCUGUGACACUGAGUGUUGGUGACAUCCCCCACCAUCCCUUGUCUUGGAAAUAUUCACACACAUAUUUACACCAGACACAGUCACUAGGCUACCACAGCCCUUUAAGAAAGCGAUGGAUGAUAGGAGUUGUAGUACCCAACCCCCCGGCCCCCAAUUCAGCCUGUUUGUUUUGUACACAAGCCUUGAUUAAGUUUCUUUCCCAGAUGCUUUCACACAAAUUGAUCUGUGGUGAUUCACGUCUCAGACACAUCCUGGGAGCAGGGCUUUUGUUAAGGAGACUGGAGACUUACUUGAUUGUACUUUUCAGCCACAUUCAUCAUAGAGGAAAUACAAGAGCGAGACUGGUUACGGUACAGAGUCCUCGUCCUUUUUGAUCAUUUGUAAAGCCAAAACCUAUGGCUGUGGUUGCCAGAAAUCAUUGCUUGGAUUUGAAAAGGGACAUGUAGGCUACCUGUUUGAAACGUGUGGAAAUUAGGUUGGCCAGUUGGCGCCUUAUUGGAAUUCAAGAAGCUUCUAUUCUAAGAUGAUGGCAAGAGGUAGUGAGAAUUUGCACUAAUCUUCAAUUUUAAUGAGUUGCCUACAUUCACAUUUUUGUCCUUGUGAAUUGUGGGUAUUUUGAAGAAAAAUGUGUGUGUUGAUGCAUGUCCAAUUAUUCAUAAUUGAAUAUAUGUACCGGAUUUGCCUUCAUUUUCAGAAAGCACAUCAAGUAUACUUGCUUGUCAUCUGUUGUGUUCCUAAAGUAUAUGAAUAUUUAAAUUUUCUAAUAGGUUAAUGUAGUUCAGUCAUUUCUGUGGCAGAUGUAUUUUUGCUUUUCAAGUAUGGUUUUCAGGGAAGAAUCAGGACGUGAAAUGUGACAAUUAAAUCUGCAUCCGUUUUAGAACUUCAAACUGUGAUGACGUUUUCUUAAUCCGUGUUUCGGCAGCGCUUGGUACAGUUUUAUGAAGCAGUAGUAAGUCACAGUGCAAUCUGAGCCAGAGUGUCAUUGGUCAUGUUCUGAUCACAAAUGGGCACCACUGUCUGUCACUUUGAGGGGGGGGGGGGGGCGGUUUCAUCCGCCAGGUCAAGCACAGUGAACAGGAAGUGAUGGAGUCUCUCUUGGUAAUGCAUGCCAAAACAGUGUUCUUAGAGGAAAUGGGCACAGUUUCUGUGGGAUGCUAAUAAAAUCCCUUCAACAAUCAAAA